GCGCAGGGCAACCAGGGCAAAGCCGCCGCCAUUUUGGGUGUCCGUGCGGAGCGGCUUCCGCUGCCGUGAAAUAAACAAGGGGGCGGAGGGAGCGAAAGGACGGAGUGGGAGCCGCCGCGGGAAGCCUGUUCGGUGGGGGGACGCUGCUUGCCGGAGCCGCCGAUGUGGUGGGAGCGGGGGCGCCAGUGUGGCCCGGGCCCGGGUUAGCGUGAAACGCAGCAGGGAGCCGCCGCUGCCAGAUUCAAGGAUACACUUGUGGCUGGAAAAUAGAGAACCAGAGCACCAUCAGCCCCUCCAGUGAGCAGACUGGCACUCAACCACAUUCUCUAUAUAGAGACACUUCGGGCAAUCUAGUGGAAGUGCCCUGUUAACUAUGUGAUGCUUCUGUGGCAGUUAAUCUAACCUUGAUUGGACCUGAAUUUUAAUGAACCUGCCUAUACAGUUGCAGAAAGGGGAGCAAAAACUCACAGUGGAUUGGAUGCCAAUACAUUAUUCAUUACUAUGCUGGUCCCUUUGCUUCCUUCUGUACAAAUAAAAAGCCAUCUGCAGCUUGGUCAGACAUUUCAGAAUGAAACGAGGAAGGAAGAAUAGUGAGGCCAACAAUAGUUCAUCAGAGGAGGAGGUUGGAGGAGAAUCUAAGAAACAGAAGAUUACAGAUGAAGAAUCCACUGAAAUCUCUCUGAGUCCUGAUUGGGGUAACCUCCUUCCAGACAUUAUCCUGCAGGUGUUUCAGUACUUGCCUCUUCUUGAUCGUGCUCAUGCAUCACAAGUCUGCCGAAGAUGGAAUCAGGUGUUUCAUAUGCCUGAUCUCUGGAGAUGUUUUGAGUUUGAACUGAAUCAACCAGCUACAUCUUACUUGAGGGCUACGCAUCCUGAGCUUAUCAAUCAGAUUAUUAAAAGGCAUUCCAAUCAUCUACAGUAUGUUAGCUUCAAGGUGGAUAGCAGCAAGGAAUCAGCAGAAGCAGCUUGUGAUAUUUUAUCACAACUUGUGAAUUGCUCUUUAAAAACACUUGGACUAAUUUCAACCGCUCGACCAAGCUUCAUGGAUUUACCUAAGGUAUCACAUUUUAUCUCUGCACUGACAGUGGUGUUUGUAAACUCCAAAUCCCUCUCUUCACUUAAAAUAGAUGAUACGCCAGUAGAUGAUCCGUCCCUCAAAGUACUAGUGGCUAACAACAGUGAUACGCUUAAGCUGUUAAAAAUGAGCAGUUGUCCUCAUGUUUCUCCUGCAGGUAUCCUUUGCGUGGCUGACCAUUGUCAUGGUUUACGUGAGUUGGCACUGAACUACCAUCUCUUGAGUGAUGAGCUUCUGCUUGCUUUAUCUUCUGAGAAACACGUCAGAUUAGAACAUUUGCGCAUUGAUGUAGUCAGUGAGAAUCCUGGACAGACUCACUUCCACACAAUUCAGAAGAGCAGCUGGGAUGCUUUCAUCAAGCAUUCUCCCAAAGUAAACUUAGUCAUGUACUUUUUCUUAUACGAAGAGGAGUUUGACCCAUUCUUCCGUUAUGAAACCCCUGUCACCCACCUUUACUUUGGGAGGUCAGUAAGCAAAGAUGUACUUGGUCGUGUUGGAAUGACAUGUCCUCGAUUAGUUGAACUGGUUGUGUGCGCCAAUGGAUUACGGCCACUAGAUGAAGAGCUUAUUCGUAUUGCAGAACGCUGUAAGAAUCUGUCAGCUAUUGGCCUAGGGGAGUGUGAAGUUUCGUGCAGUGCCUUUGUUGAGUUUGUGAAGAUGUGUGGUGGCCGCCUCUCUCAGCUGUCUAUAAUGGAAGAAGUCUUGAUUCCUGAUCAGAAGUACAGCUUGGAGCAGAUUCAUUGGGAAGUGUCAAAGCAUCUUGGUAGAGUCUGGUUCCCAGACAUGAUGCCCACAUGGUAAAGUCCUUAAAGACUUUAGGGCAUGUGAAAUAGCACCUUACUUUUGAGAAUACCAUAUUGCAAUUUACCACAGUCUUAUUUAAUAUUAUAAUUUUUAUUGUAAUGUCACUGCUUUGAUUAGAAAAUUGAUGUCAUGUUUAGCACUAAUUUCUAAAAUCCACAUUUUCUAUGCUUAAACCUGGAUAUUCCAGAAAACACUUUCAUUCUAAUAAAAUUAGUCUGUUUUUAGGUUCUCACUUUGCCAUUGACAAUGACCCUAAAUUUAUGUAAAUAACAUUUGAAAACAUUGACAAAUUUAAAAGUUGUGGUUGCAAAAUAUUAGCUAUGAAUUACAAUAUUUUAUCUGUUACUUUGAUAUAGAUACUAAUAGUGAACAGACAGAUUUGUAUUGACUUAAAAAGGGAGGUGAGAUUGAAUGCUUUUACUGCAGACUAUAGCAGUUACCUAGUGUUUAAAUUACAUGAACUGCCUGAACUACAGAAUUUUAAGAUUAUAUGGAGCAUUUAGUAGGCUAUGAAACUCAUACAUUACAUAGUAGUAAAUUAAGAGGCAAGACAACAAAAGUAUUGUUUAGACACUUUAAAAAUAUUAAAUUUGCUACUUGUUUAAUUUCUGAUGAGUAAUUUGCAAACAAUGUAUUUUAUAGAUGAGGGUUACCAAAAGCUUUUUUUCCUCUAUGCAUUUUUCUAAUGUAAACUUGACAUUUCUAGGGUCUUCAGAGCCAUUUCUAAACUUGUUUUAAAAUAUUAGUUAUAGCUCAGAAAGCUGAAGUAUUCUGGAAGAAAUUGUAGAUAUACCAUAUUUUGACACUAGUUGGAACUGACAGGCUUUUCUCAAAAGUUAAAAUCAGUCUUGCAGCAUUUGAUUAGCUGGAGUACUGCAUAUAUUUCUAGAUAAGAGGAAGCUUAAAAACAUGCAGAGAAACGUUUAAAUGUAAUGGCUGUUUAAGUAAAGAGAAUAGAGCAGAGUGAACACUGAACUUUAAAAGGAGUCUAAGGAGCCAUUUGACCCCCCCAAAAAAACCAUCUUGGAAGACCCAUUAACUGCUUGCAAAUUUAAGAGAAAAAUGGCUUUGUAACUAAAUUGCCUAAACUAUAUAAAUUGCUAUUCUGUAAAUCUAGCUUCAGAAAUGUUCAUAUAUGAAGUGACUGUUUGAUAGCUAUCCAUUUUUUGUAUUCCUUUAUUUCAACUAGUUUCAGAUCAUUUCAUAUUUAAAACUCAGAGCAUCAAACCUGUGUGAAAUAGAGCAAUAUGCAGAAAUUAGAUGUACAAUUUCACAAAAGUACAAUUUAUAAAUUGUUUUGAUCAAAGAAAAUGUUAGCCUACAGUGAACUUUGCUGGUGGCAUGCUUUCCAUUUUUGGGUUGUACAGUUAGCUCUUGUAAUAAAUUAAGUAGAUUUUGUUUACUUCUAAUGUUCAUUUUGCUCCAAAUGUAUAGUUUGAGGAUAAACUGUAAAAUUUAUAAUAUGGGCAUAUUUAACUUUAUAAUGUUUUUGAGCAAGCAUUACUCAGUGGACUGACAUCUUAACAGUAAAGCUAUAUGUUUCUGUAGAGGUUUGUGAUUAAGAAUCAUUCUAUUGAGUAGGCAAUUUUUUUGUAUUAGAAUUUGUUAAAAUAUAGCACUAAAAUUGCUUUUAUUUGUACAAAGGUGUCAAUAUACGUAACAUUUUCUUUUACAAAGACUAAGUUUGGUGUUUAAAUACUUCGAUAUUUCUUGGCCUUUAUUUGUGUAAAUGGACUUUGAUACUGGUACUUCACAUGGUCACAGUCUGAACGGUGAUACUAGAAUGCCAUUACAAGAUUUUCUAGGGAAUAAUUGUUACUAGUGAUUACUUCAAGCAUGCAUGUGGCAGAAUCUCUUCCAGUAAUGUGACUAAAGCCUUGUUUGGAGAGGUGAGCGAUGCAGGAGUAGGGCCAAAUCCCACUGGUAUUGUAUGACUAUGGUAAGCAGUACUGGCCACUACUUACUGCAUUGGUUGAGAAUACCUGUGUAUGGAAAGUAAAGCAAUUAACUUA